AUGCCGCGGUGUAUAGUGCGGGGACAAUUAUCACCAUUCUACCCCUUAUGACCUAGUGAAAAGUCUAGUUCCAAGGUGUAUCGUACGAGGACAAUUGAGACCGGCAAUGACAACUCAAUGUAAAAUUCACCAGUUGAGCCCAAGUAAAGUGGAUUAUCAAGCGAUACUUACAGGCGCAUUCCAAGCAACCGAGUAAAUCCGUAGAGAAUGCUAAUUCAGAUUUCAAAACACAGCACAUCAGAACAUCAAAAGAGCAUCAAAAAUGAUAAAUAAACGCAGACAAAUAACUAUAAAUAAAACCUACGCACAAUUUAUUAAAUAAAUAAGAGUAUUAAAAACAGAUUCAUUCCUUUUACAACCGUAACCGCUACACACGUUUGUUUGAGUUCAUAUAAAAUAAUUUAGUUCUCAAAAUAAUCAAAGUAUUAAGCACGACUGCCUGCUAUUCAGUACAAAAUCAAAAUAUGCUGAGCAAAACACAAAAACUUAUCCUAGGCGUAACGAUUUUAGUACUGGUUGAUGUAAUCUGGGUUUCGUCGAGCGAACUCACCAAGUUCCUCUAUGAUGACGAAAAGUAUGACAAACCAUUUUUCUGUACAUAUUUUAAGACGUCCAUGUUUACUAUUUAUCUUAUUAUUAUUGGGUUGAUUGCACCUUGGAAGGAGUCUUGCGAAAAACAAAAUGGAAAUUACACAAUAAUGGAUCAAACUCUAGAUGAUGAGAACUAUUAUACAAAUCAAGCAUCUUUGAGUGAUCCAACAUUCAUUCCAAUAAGAACAGGCGGAGUAGUGUCAGGAACAGAGAGUGAUGACUCCAGCAUACGUAGCGUUCGUUUCAGUAAAAUGGCAGAAGUACGUGAAAUGUCGGCGCAUGAAGCAACAGAAGCACUAAUGGCCCGAUUAUCUUAUGCUGCAAGCAUGCGAAUCAAGCGUCAGAAGACUCAUCACAAAACUGCGAAGACAGCAUUACUAUUUUGUGUUUUGUGGUUCUUUGCAAAUUACUUAUUUCAAAUUUCGUUAGAGUGGGGCGAAACAGCCAUGGUAACACUUCUGAGUUCGUCAUCAUCGCUCUUCACAUUAGUCUUGGCCGCAUUCUUUCCAUCUGCAACUGGAGAUAAAUUCACAAUAACUAAGUUUAUUGCAGUCGCAAUGAAUAUUGGUGGAGUGGUAACUGUGACUAUAUCCGAUAUAGAGGAUGCUAACUUUUCUCGAAGCGCACUUUUAGCUUUGUUUAGUGCUUUUUUCUAUGCAGCUUAUUUAGUAUUUGUUAAGAGAAAAAGUGACACGGAGGAAAAAAUUGAUAUACCCUUAUUUUUUGGUUUUGUUGGUCUCUGGAAUAUGUUACUAAUGUGGCCAAUAUUUUUUAUAUUAAAUUUUCUGAAAAUAGAAAAAUUUGAAUUGCCAAAUCAAAAUCAGUUUGCAGUUUUAUUUUUAAAUGGCUUAGUCGGCACUGUUAUAUCUGAAGCAUUAUGGCUGUGGGGUUGUUUCCUUACGUCAUCAUUAAUAGGCACAAUAGCAAUGUCGCUACAAAUUCCACUAUCUAUUGUUUUUGAUCUCUUGUUAAAAAGGAAACCAUAUUCUCCAAUGUUUUAUAUUGGAUCUGUACCUAUUUUUAUCGCACUAAUACUAGUCUCUUUGUUAAUGCGAAACGAUGACUCAGAUCCUUUAAUGCGCCUGUUUAAAAUUAUAUACCGCAAGAUAUGCAGUUGCCAUAAACCAAAUAUAUUGAGAAUCAAUGACGAAGAACAGCAAGAGUCUCUAAUUGGUAGUAAUGACUGAAGUUUCUUCCAAGUUCCAUUGUAUUAUAUCUUCUUAAUAACUUUAUAAAAGAUUUAACGUAAACGUUGCUCACCUUGCAAUCCUUCAUGGCUGUUUUCGAGUGAAAUUCGAACUUUAUUUAACUUUUUUUUAAGUACGAAUGGAAGCAAAAUUUCUAUCCUUUAUGUGUUCUCAUUUUUAUAUUUUAAUUCAUGAUUUUGAAAAUCAUAUAACGUUUUUUUUAACAA